UACAGUUCCUAGGGUUUGUGCAGGGGUUUGAGAGAGGAGCUCUCGAUCGACCAAGGCGCUGGCUUAGAUCCGAUGUGUUUGUAGCUCGCUCGAGCUCCCGUUUCCUCUUUCCACCCGAUUCCUCCUCUUCCUUUCCGAAAUAUGGCGGUAGCUCUCCCCGGAUUACCUUCCUUGCUGCCGGCGAAAUUGUAUCUAGGAUGCCAGCACCAGCAUGCAACAUCGCUAUCCGCGAAUCCAUCCAGGAGAUGCACUAGGCUACCUUGCAUUUACUGCUGUGCGCAGUCCAGCGGCGACGAUGGGCCGAGCACCUCUUCUUCUUCGUGGGCACAGGAGCCAGGGAAGGAUUCCUAUGCCGGAUGGUCUUUUCUGGAUAAUGGCAAGCGAAAGAAGCUUUCAGGAUUUUUGCAAGUAGGAGCAGGCGUUGCUCUCGCCGUUGGUUUUGCGUUGGUGUCCAAUGCGUGUUGGAAGAGAGGUGUAGGAAGCAAGGUGGAUCUUGUACCACCACCCCCGGCUUACGAGGAAACAUAUGUGACAGAAUCGACUAAGGUCAAGGAGGCUGGGGCUGCUCAGGAAGUCGAGGAUGAGGAGGAAAGCCCAGUGGAUGUCCAAUCGACUGAGAAUGCGGAGGAGGAAGAGGAGCAAGAGGUUGCCGCGGAUGCUCCUGUGGCUACUCCGCAUCAACCCGAUACAACCACAGGUCAGGUUUCUUUUCCAAGUGACACGAUUGAAGAUAGUGAGGCUGGGGUGGUCAGUUCUCCUGCAUCUGGUGGUGCUGCUUCAACCUUUGGUUACGAGAAUACCGGCGAAGAGCUAUCCCGUACUGACACAGAGUCUGGAGAGGAUUUGUCAACCCCUGCUACUGACUUAGCCGUCGAUUCAGUCUCCGAUGAUCUGAAGUCUCCCGACUCAGAUGCCACACCCGAGUCGAGUGCCGGAACAGCCGAUUCCACGUACUCAGUCGAGAGUAGCAGUCCUGAAGAACCAGAGAGCGUUUCCAGUGAGUCGUCUGCCCCGGUUGCCUUGCCGUCCGAGGACGAAGUCGUCGUAGCAUCGGAGAAGCCCGACGUCUUGUUGGCCUCUGUGGAUCUAACCGAGGACUCUAACACUGCUGUUCAUGGUGCCGAGGUACCGUUACCUCAGGAGUCAGACAGGGAGGUUGAGCUGGUUGAGUCGGUGACUGCGUCUCCCGGUUUGAGUGUGAGUGAGCAGGAUGAGCCUUUCUCUUCCUCCGAGGUUGGAGCAACACCCGUGGAGAAUGCAGCUGAUAUGGUUUUAUCCCAGGAGGAUGAAAUCAGUAGGAUCACGUCUUCGCUAGAUAAAGUUUCCCCUUCAUCGGAGUCUGAAUUUUGGCAAAUUGUCAUACCUGCUCCAUCUGCGCCUUCUGCAUUGCCAUCAGGACGUGUAUUGAUCGCACCUGUCGUAGAUCAUGGCCAAGAACAGGCCCUCUCUGCGCUACAAUCUCUUAAGGUUGUGGAGCCAGGAGUUGGAGCGUCUACUAUCUGUACCCGAAGAGAGUACGCUCGCUGGCUUGUUGCUGCAAAUCGAACCUUGGCAAGAAAUACGGGUGCUAAAGUCUCUCCUGCAAUGUAUAUCGAAAAAGUUACAGAAGCUGCGUUCGACGAUGUUUCGCCUGAGGAUCCGGAUUUUCCAUUCAUACAAGGCCUGGCGGAGGCAGGGCUUAUUUUCAGUAAGCUAUCACGGGGUCCAGAUAGUGAUGGCCCGAUCCAUUUUCUUCCUGACCGUCCAUUGUCACGUCAAGAUCUUAUAAGCUGGAAGUUUGCCGUGGAAAAUCAUAGUCUUCCGGUCGCAAAUCGAAAUAAAUUGCAAGAAAGGUUCAUCGACAUUGAUAACAUUCAUACGGAUGUUUGGCCUGCUAUUGCAGCGGAUGUUGCUGCGGGCGACCGAAGCAUUAUAUCGUCUGCAUUCGGAUACACGAGGCUGUUUCAACCACAUAAACCCGUUACUACGGGCCAGGCAGCGGUUGCACUGUCAUCUGGUGAGGCAUCAGAGCAUAUCGGCGAGGAGCUUGAGCGUCUAGAAGCUGAAAGACAUGCGGAAAAGGCGGUGGCUGCUGAGAUAGCACUAGAGGCUCGUGCACAGAAAGAAGCGAAUGCUGUUUUUCGUGAAGAAUUGGAUCGACAGAGGCAGUUGACGGUCGAAGCUGAGGCAGUGGCCGAGAGAUUGAGGGAAGAGCUGGAGAAGCUGAAAAGUGAAAGAGAAGAAGAAAAGUACGGCGUAAUGAAGGAAAGAGCCUCGUUGGACGCUGCAAAGGAAGCUCUGUCUCGAGCACGGCUUGAGGUUGAUGACCUUCUGCAAGGGUUGUCUUCGGAAAAAGUAAAGGUGGUGUUUGAGCGGGACAGAAUGGAGAAGCUUCUGGCCGAGAUUGAAGAAGAGCGGGAUACGCUGGAGAAUGUGAAGUCGGAGACCCAAGUAGAAAAGAAAGCUCUCGUCCUUGCAAGAACUUGGGCCGAGGAAGAAGCAAAGAAGGCAAUGGCUCACGCUAAAGUUCUAGAGGAAGCGCGAAAGAGAUGGGAGUCUCAAGGGAUUGAGGUCCACGUUGACAAGGAUCUGGACGACAGCAACAUCCCGGUCCCAAGCUGGCAGUUCGAGAAGCUCGAGCUCCAGGACACGUCGCAGCAGGCAAAACCUCCAAUGCACGGCAUCCUGGUGAAAGCCGACGAGUUCAAAGGGAGGAGCUUGCAGUUCCUGAGAGAAGCGAUGCAAACUUCCAACCAGAGGCUGAGCGUGGCGCAGCAGAGGAUGCUGGAGUCCAUGGAAAAGAUCGCGAGGAAGGCCGGAGAAGUCCGAGAUAACACUUUCUUCGUGGUGAGGAAACGCGCCGGCGAGGCUCAGAGCGCUGCUGCGUCGAUGGCGUCCGAGAUCUCGGCGCUGGUAGCCAAGAACACGAACAAGCUCGCGGAUGGUUGCAAGGGAAGCGCUGAGAAGCUCGCUCAGAUCUUCAAGCCCUGAAGAAGCCACAAGAACGCGCGAAGAAGAAACCGAAGUUUUGAAAGAAAUAAGUGUUUGACGGCCCGGAUGUGGCACUGGAGCCAACGGCUGGGAUCGGCCCCUUGUUGAGCUAAACUUCCUCUUCAAGGUUUUGAAAAACCCUAAAUCUCGAAGGCGCGAAUUCUAUGGCC